GUCUCGCAUAUGUGCGACACAUUAGAACGUUGCUGAAUUAAGAGGACGGAACGUAAAAAUUCACAGCAUUAACACCAACUACUCAGGGUUAUUAACAGAAAAGCGUUAGGACAACGUUCUUGAGUGACCAUCUUUGCAAUAGAACAGCCUUUGAAAACAUCCGAAGGGUUCGUGAAUUGACAAAAACCAAGUAUGGUGGCCACUCGACAAGUAUUUUGGAUCGUAAUUGCCCUAUUUGUCUGUGGAGAAGACCAAGCAGUGAAUAUCAGAAGUAGGCAAGUGAGUAGUGUAAGCCGACCGUCACCAACCUUCAGUGCGGAGAUGGUGUGUAAAGUGUUCGACGAUUUUACCCCGGAGCAAACCAAUUUUUGUAUGAAAUACCCGCGUGUUACGGCUGAGAUUGUGAAUGGCAUUCAAACAGGAUUACGAGAAUGCGAAAGGCAGUUUGCUGGUCACAGAUGGAACUGCACUUCAAGUUAUCGUGAAUUUACGAGUUUUGGCCAAAAGAGAGCUGUUCAGGGUACGCAAGAAGCGGCAUUCCUGAAUGCAAUCGUGUCUGCUGCAGUUGCUCACUCAGUGACAUCAGCUUGCGCAAAAAAUAACAUCACAGGUUGUGUUUGUGCGGAGAGUAAAAGACGCAGAACAACUCAGGAAAUUUGGGACAGCGCAGGAUGUACUAAUAACAUCGCACAUGGCAUUGACGUCUCCAAACGCUUUUUAGAUGGACCCAGUGGCUUGAUUAGGAAUAAAUAUGAACUUCAAGUGAAGCACAACAGAGAGGCAGGGCGUCAGGCUGUUCUUAGAAGUGUGGGUCAGCGCUGCAACUGCCACGGAGCAAGCGGAUCAUGUUCCUCAAAAACAUGUUGGGAAACACUUUCCUCAAAGUUUGAACGAGUUGGACGUCUUCUCAAAAACAAAUAUAAAGACGUAAUUCGAGUUGAGCCAGCGUAUAUCCUUUCCCAAGAAGGAAACGUUCCAAAGACCCUAAUUCUUCCUGACACUCGCUUUGUUAAACCACCUAUAGAUAAGCUUGUGUAUUUGGAUAGAUCCCCAACAUACUGUGACCCGAUAAAAGAUAAAGGAGUUGCAGGCACAAGAGGAAGAGUUUGUGAUGAGACGUCCAACGAAUCCCAUGGUUGUGGCGAAUUGUGUUGUGGUCGGGGCCACAAUACGAUUGUUUUCAUUGCCAAAAAACAAUGCAAAUGUCGAUUUCAUUGGUGUUGUGAAGUGAAGUGUCAAACUUGUAAAACAAGGCAAGAACAGACUGUUUGUAAAUAAACAAUACCCUAUGUGUAAGUCAUAGCUUGUAAGGCAAAAAUUUUGGUGAUUAUUUGGCAGUACAAAAAAGGUAGCGUCUUGCGCAUUAACAGUCCACGAACGAGUAUGAAUUCUGACAUCGGGCAGGUCGCAGCCGGAUUUUAGGACUAAAAAACCUCGCAACAAUACCCUUCAUGCAUGGCUGUCCCUUUUUAAACUAUAUGGCUACUUGUCCGAAACAAUUAGUUGUCUGCAUAAACUUUUAUUUGAAGGAUAUUUUAGUGCGAAUAAUUCGUUGCUAGGCUUGUAAUUUUGAACUGAGUUACUUAUAGGUGUACUGGUAAACUGCACCCCCUCCCCCCCCUUAGUCACACCAAAAUGGAUUGUUUUCACCAAAAAUAGGCCAUAUGCUUUAAGUCUGACGUUAAUGCGAUUUGAAGAUGGCUUCCUAAUAUCAGCAAUACUCGGCAAUUCGUAUAUGCAUGUGAAUAUGUCUCUUUUUUAGCCUAGAUGAUGAUCCAGUAUUUGUAUACUUUAAAUUACGACAAUGCCAUGCAUUGGGAAGUAGCGUAGAACUUAUUUAUUCACUGAUUAUUAAAAGCAUUUUAUUGUUAUACUCAAAGUAGUAUUCGCAGGAUUAGAAGUGAAGACAUACCUGAACUGACCUAUACUAGCCAAUAGAAUAUUAGAACGUCAGUUCCGAGGUAACAUUUUAGUUAACAGCCGAGAUGAACAGAAUGUUCCUCUUGACUCUUACCUUCCUGAGCAUAAAGUAGUUUAUUUUAUAAUAUAUUAAUUUGUAAAUAUAUAGUUGAGCCAAAAAAUUGGUUUUUUAAAUUGUGUAAAUGUGUUAAAAUAUAUUCAACAUUUUUAUAUUUUAUAAAUGAUUAUAGUUUGGAA